UUUUUGUGUGUUGUUUUGUUUAAAACCCGUUUUUUUGGUAUUCUUUGUUUGUUUUGUUUGUUAAUCGUUUAUUUUUGAAAAAUCGCCAACAUGAGUGAAAGUAAUAGCAACAACAUCAUCCGAGUUAUGAAAUUAGGUGAAGCAACGUAUCGACAAUGGUAUAAUACGUUAAUCGAUGUGCUAGAAGCACUUGAAUUGGACCAAUUUAUUUCGACAUUCAAAUAUGAACGGGCAGCAACUGAUCCCCCGAUUAAUCGUAAAGAAAUUAACAAGAUUGCGAAGGUACGGAACAUAAUUAAGCAAUCGAUUUCCAAGGACGACCUAGAGGGUUUAAUGGAUUACCGCAAUCCGAAGGAAAUGUUGGAAGAAUUGGAACGAAAAUAUCGUGGUCCCGGCGCAAAAUCAGCGUGGGAAUUGUUGAAGGAUUUAGAAACGAUUAAAUUUGAUGGAUCAAUUCCAGCUUUGUUUUCCCGAAUGCGACAAUUGUAUGCUGCGUUUGCAGAUAAAGAUAUCAAGUUACCGUGUCACAUCAUCAAUUCGAAGGUUCGGUCUGUUUUGCCACCUGAAUAUACGGAUAUGUGUAAAAUGCUUGAUAUUUAUAAUGGUGGUCGUAAAGAAUCCGAUUAUAUGUCCGACAAACAAUUUGAAUCGGAAUUACUAAGAUUUGACCGUGAGAAAAAUUUGACAAAAUCGAGUAUUCAAUCAACAUCGCUGGCAGCUACGUCGACACCUGAAUCAUCAAAUGCAAAUGCUGCAACUGCUGCUAAUACUAUUGCUGUUCCACCUGUUUUGACGUCACCGGUUUUGUCAGCAUCGUCAAGUAAUCGAAUAUUUUUGGGUAAAUGUUAUUUUUGUGGUAUGCAAGGACAUAUUGAGCGAUUUUGUCAACAAAAGAAGUAUGCCGAAAUGAACCGAAAUAAUUAUCGUAAUGGAUACAACAACAAUCGUAAUGGGUACAACAAUGAUUGUAAUCGAAGUAAUGAUGAUCGUAAUUGUAACAACUAUAACCGGCAAAAUAAUGAUUUGACAAGUUUGAGUGCAAUUGUUAGUUCAAAACAGCAUGGUUCGCUGAUACCGCCACCUAGUUCAUUGUCAUUGUGUUCUGUUUCAUCCGUAAAGUUUUUGGCUGACUGUGGUGCUUCUUUUCACGUGGUAAAUAAUCGUUCUUUUCUUACAAAUAUACGACGCACCAAUGAAUCUAUUAGUACUUUGAAGGGUGAAAUCCGGAAUCCUGAAAAAGGUGAUAUGUUUUGUCAAUUGUUUAAUGGUCAAAGAUGGAUUCCAAUGAAAAUCAAAGACGUGUUUCUUGUUGAUGAUCAGCCGUUUAAUUUAAUUUCGAUUGGAAAAUUUUGUAAUGUUAAUGGUAUCAGUGAAAGCAUGGAUAGGAAUGGUAUGGUCAUUUAUCAUUAUCGUAAGCCAAUUUUGAUUGGAAAAUGGAGUACCGAUUAUGUCAACCUGAUUGAAUUACAAAUUCGUGUUAAUGUUUCUCCAAUCCGUAAUGUAGCAAAUACCGCUGUAAAAUCUUUUUGUCGCAAAAGUUUUGGUCAUUCAAUGUUUGAAAAUCGUGAUACGUAUGUUCCGUUGACAAGCAAAAGUGAAUUACGUUCAUCUGUUGAAAUUAAUGAACAACCAAUGUGUUCCAUUCCGAAAGUCAACGAGGUUAAUGAAUCUAAUGUAUUGAAUGACAGCAACAAUUUUAUGAAUCUGGAUAAUUCUAUUGAAGAUGAUACUGAUGAUGAAAAUGAUUUUCAAUCACAUUGUGAACUGGGUCAACCAGGUGAGUUACCGAAAAGCCAGUAUCAUCAUGAUUAUGGAAGUUUUGAAUCUUUGUGUCCAAGUCAAAACAUUGCAAAUUUGUUUGUGGCAAAAUUUGAAAAGCAAUCAACUAAUAAGAUGUCGAAUAACAAUUGUAUUGGUGAACCUCCUGAUUAUGGUGAUGGUAGAAACCGCAAAUAUGGUACAAUUGGUAAAUCGUUUAAAUUUCGGAAAUUUGGAAAUUGUAAUUUUUCUGGUAUUGGUUAUUUCCGAAAUAAAUCAUCACGUUCUGGUUUCCUACAUCAUAAUUUUUUGAAUGGCAAUUUGGGAACACCAUUGUAAUCAAUAUGAAUCAUCAUCAACACCGAAUCUAGAUAAAUUUAUUUUGUUUGUUAUUAAUCGUGUUGA